AUGCAUAAGAUCAAGUGGGUAAAUGGGGAUGUGGCUACAAUUGCAUUUAGUAGUUAUAGGUGUAGACCAAGUCUAGCGCAACCGCCUCGUCUAGACGGCGCGGCGGGUCGGGUCUCUCCGGGUCUCGUAGUGAGUUUCUGGUGUUUACAAUUAACUCAUGGAGAAAUUUGUUACAAAAAGGUACCGCGUCUCGCCACGCUUAAAGGAAGUGAUCAUAGACGGGAAGAAAGCGCUGAAACUAUACAUCAACUAAAAGAUGAUAGUGUAGCAAGUAAAGAAGAGAAACAUAGAAGCAAAGAAAGUGCUUCUGAUAACGGAGACAAACAGAAAAAUGACAGUAACGCUAAUAAUAAUGAUGAAGAUUUGGAUGGGAUGAGUGAUGAUCACCAAUUCGUUGAUAAACUUAAUAAUGAUGAAAUCAAACACGAUGAUGAGGAAAUUAAUGGAGACACAUUUACUCCACCGGAACUACUACCGAUAACUGAGAAAUUACUAAAGAAAGAAGGAAAGGGUUUUGUAAGCUCUACAAAGAGUCCAGAGGAACUUGCAGAUAAGCUGUUCGAAGCAUUCUACGGAGGCAACAAAGUUGAAAGAGUCGAAAGCCUCUCGGAGUAUUUUAACAACAUUUUAAUGAUUCAAGCGCAUGAUGCAACAACUGCUUUUACUCCAACUGAAGCCGAAGAGACCAGCACGGAUAAUAUUGAAAAUGAAACAGAACAGGCUACAAUUCCUUCUGAUAACGAUGAUAAAGAUGAAAACCACGAGACAACACAAACGGCCCCGGUGUUGCGAAAAAGAUCAAGGUCAUUAGGCAAAACGAAUAAAAUGCAACGAUCGUAA